GAGGGGGCGCCAUGGGGUGAUGUGAGAUACGAGGCUCUCAGAUUGCGUGCAAAUGACGCAUUCCAAAUCCUUUGGGCAACUAGAUUUCAGUUCCAAUAUGAGAUGUUCCGGUAAAGAGGGGGGGCGGGCUCUCGAUCCAGGCAGCCUCGCUUCCGUUCGGCUGCAACUGCUUCCGACCUCCGCCUCUCCCUCUAGCGAGGAAGAGACAGGACCUCGUGCGCAUGCUCGGAAUCAUCCACCGAGGGGCGGGGCUGCAGCUGCGGGAGCAGGAUGGGGGAAAGAGAAGGGAAUUCCAACCUGUAGAACUUUGGGGGGGUCCUAUGGUCGGGUUCUUCCCGGCGACUGUGGAUGGUGAAAGGGGCGGGACCUUUGGAGGCUCGUGGGAGUGUUGGGGUUCGCAGGGUGAGGAAGGGGGUGUCAAGUGUGAGAGAGGUGCAGGACUUCCAAACUUAGAACCUCGAGGCCCUUGGGGCUCAGUUCCAGGGACGGGGCGCUCCGGCCGCCAUGCGCGACAGGACCCAUGAGCUGAGGCAGGGGGAUAACAGCUCGGACGAUGAAGAUGAGGUUCGAGUCGCGCUGGUGGUGCACCCAGGUACCGCCCGGCUGGGCAGCCCGGAUGAUGAGUUCUUCCAGAAGGUCCAGACAAUUCGGCAAACUAUGGCCAGACUGGAGAGUAAAGUCCGGGAGUUGGAGAAACAGCAGGUCACCAUCCUGGCCACGCCCCUUCCCGAGGAGAGCAUGAAGCAGGGCCUGCAGAACCUGCGCGAGGAGAUCAAACAGCUGGGGAGAGAGGUCCGGGCACAGCUAAAAGCCAUAGAGCCCCAGAAGGAAGAAGCUGAUGAGAAUUAUAACUCAGUCAACACAAGAAUGAAAAAAACCCAGCACGGGGUCUUGUCCCAGCAAUUUGUUGAGCUCAUCAACAAGUGCAACUCCAUGCAGUCGGAAUACCGGGAGAAGAACGUGGAGCGCAUUCGGAGGCAGCUGAAGAUCACCAAUGCAGGAAUGGUGUCUGACGAGGAGCUGGAGCAGAUGCUGGACAGCGGGCAGAGCGAAGUGUUUGUCUCCAACAUACUGAAGGACACACAGGUGACACGCCAGGCCCUGAAUGAGAUCUCAGCACGACACAGUGAGAUCCAGCAGCUAGAGCGCAGUAUCCGUGAACUCCACGAGAUCUUCACUUUUCUAGCAACCGAGGUGGAGAUGCAGGGGGAGAUGAUCAACCGUAUUGAGAAGAACAUCCUGAGCUCAGCAGACUAUGUGGAACGUGGGCAGGAGCAUGUCAAGAUAGCCCUAGAGAACCAGAAGAAGGCGAGGAAGAAAAAAGUCAUGAUUGCCAUCUGUGUCUCUGUCACUGUCCUCAUCCUGGCUGUCAUCAUUGGCAUCACCAUAACCAUUGGAUAGUGCCACAUGUUCUCGGACUGGGAGAGCCAGAGACCCAGCAUGUGUGGAGCAGGGCAGGCCUCCAGCUGAACCCGCCCUCACACUGGCCCUUGUGCAGAGGGGCAUAUGGUUCUUCUGGGGUUGGCAGCUGCUCCUUCAUGGAGCCCUCCCUUCACACCACAAUGCCUGGGAGAGAGUUUGCAGUGUCCUGUUUGUCUGGGACACAUGGUUUUGUAAAAAAUUAAAAAAACAAAAACAAAAAAGCUUGA